AUGAUCUUUGAAUCCAAGUUCCCUCUACCCCCGGUUCCCAAUACGGAUGUCUUCAAUUACAUCUUCCACCAUGGCCGACGUCCAUAUCCAUGGAGUCGUGUGUUGUAUCGAGACGACCGAAAGGGAGAAACCCUCACAUUAGUGGAGCUCGAGGAGAAAAGUAGGCGCUUUGCCGAUCUCAUGCGUUCUGAGUACGACAUCCAACCUAGGGAUGUUGUCAGUAUCCUUGCCAAGGAUAAGAUCCAAUAUCCCAUCGCAUACUUUGCUGCGUUGGCUGCUGGAGCCACAGUAGCUCUCAUUCCCGUGCAACAGGAGAUGUCCGAGACGGAUAUUGCUACUCGCUUGCUAGAAUCGCAUGCCAAGCUGCUUAUCACGGACAGCGACCUAUUGGUUCUGGCCGAGGUAUCAGCGAACCUGGCUGGCGCCACCCGGCUGAUUACAUUGGACCACACAGCAGGUCAACUCUGGGCAUCGUUGGACACUCUACUUCUAUGCGGAAAGCCUGACGCGGACCUCUUCCGGCUGAAGUCCGAGGCGGAGGCUGCAGAGAAUGAUGCCUUUCUCAAUCGAACGAGCGGAUCCACGGGUAGGGUUAAGUCAGUGUUGACCAGCCAUGCGCACUUCAUUGCCAGCAUGGAGGGCACCAUUGGUACGAUACCGGACAACACAGAUCCUAGCCAGGAUGUGUGGCUCUCGCCACUCUCACUGGGAUUCUUCAUCAAUGCCAAGCUGCACAUGGGGCUCAACAUCCUAUUGGGUAUCCCCGUGGUCCUGAUGCAAGGCAGCCUCGAUGAGACCACGGUGGAUAUAAUCGGGCGCCACCGCAUUACAUUUCUGUUCAUUACUCCACCCAUUGCAGCCCGCCUGGCACGGGCCGACCUGCAUGGAAUGAAGGUGGAUGUCAGCAGCAUCAAGUGGCUGCUCACAGCUGGCGCGCCGAUGCAUGAGAAUCUUCGGCAAACAGUGUCAGAGCGAUUCAAUGGUGUGCAUCUGGACCUGGAAUGGGGCACGUCAGAGACAAUGUUAAUCGCCGUGCAACGCGACGAGUACUCGCGCCGCAGCGGGUUCAGCGGCACCCUGGUGAACGGCAUGCAGGCCAAGGUCAUCAGUACGGGUACCGGGCGAGAACUUGGACCCGGAGAGUCCGGAGAGAUUCUUGUGCGCAAUCAGCUCUGUCGUUUCCGAGGCUACCAGGACAAUGAGGAGGCUAAUCGCGACUUUGAUGUGGAGGGUUGGUUUCACACAGGUGACUACGGCUAUCUGGAUGAGGACUGCAACGUCUUCAUUAUUGACCGCAUUAAAGAGCUGCUCAAGGUGGGUGAGGGGUAUGGCACGCACAUCUCAGCCGCGGAACUGGAAGCCGUAGUUUUUGAGCAUCCGGCCGUGGCCAGCGUCGUGGUCGUGGGUAUUCGCAACGAGUUCACGCAGCUAGAUGAGCCAAAUGCCUUCAUUAUCCCCAAGCCUGAGCAUGCGCAGGGGCGCCAGCCUCUGGUACAGUUGGAGCAGGAGAUUCUGCAGUUCGCUAGCACCAAAUUGACGGGGCUGAGGAGGUUGACUGGGGGAGUUCGAUGUCUGUCGCAUUUUCCCACUACGGGAUUCAAAAUCAAUCGCAGGGAGCUCAAGCGAAUGGGCCAUGCGACGCCUAUCGACAUGGCAAGUAGUGUGGCUUUUCCGGCAGAACAAACUCAUGUACAGUUUGUUUAA